UGUUUCAAAGACAAAAAAAAAAAAAAAGCAGAGAGGAAUGGAGCAUCAGUACUCGGGCGGAGGAGGAGGAGGAGGAAGUGGGAGCUGGAAUAUGAUCCCCAGCGUGCCGACCCACAGUAACCCUUCUACGCCGUCCAGUCAGGACCAUCUCUACCUCCAACAACACCAACAGCAAUUCCAGCAACAACAACAACAACAGCGUCUUCUUCUCCAACAACAACAACAGCAGCAGCAGCAACAACAGCAACAGCAACAGCAACAGCAACAACAACAACAGCAUCAGUCUCUCGCCUCCCACUUCCAUCUCUUCCACUUGGUGGAGAAGUUAUCGGAUUCGAUUGAGAACGGGACGAGGGAUCAGCAAUCGGAUGCAUUGGUCGCUGAUUUGAACAACCAUUUCGACAAGUGCCAGCAGCUGUUGAACUCCAUAUCCGGAUCCAUCACCACCAAGGCUAUGACGGUUGAGGGACAGAAGAAGAAGCUUGAAGAGAGUGAGCAAUUGUUAAAUCAGCGGAGGGACCUGAAUAACAAGUACAAAAACUCUGUUGUUGACCUCCUCAAGUCUGAGCCGUAGCAAAUUGUCCUGUAGUCUUUUUGCAGUUGCACAACUGAAAUUCUGAAGACAAGCUGGAAAAGUUCCGUUGUACCAAAUACUAGUUGAUUGCGACAAAAAGUCUUUCUGAAGUUAUGGUUGUGCAUUGGUACUGAUCGACUCUGUAUCCAUCUGGUUUUAGCUAGGAAAUUGUUGUAAUUUCCUCUGCUGUUAUUAUCUUCUUAACAUUUUAAUGGAAUGUGAUGGGCUUUCAAUGCUAUGUGUAAUGAAUCCGAGCCCUUGACUUUGGGGUGCACUCUGGUCACUUUUUAAAUCUAGGGAGUUUUCUCCA